UUAAAUGUUCCACUUGAGUUAGAAAAGACGUAGUUUCCCUCUUUAUCCUCUUAAGAAGAGAAACUCUCACAUAAUGGAGAUACCAUUUUGUGCUAUCCUAACUAAAUACGUAAUGAUAUAUAUAAUAAUUUUUUUUACGUGUCAUUGUAUUAUUAAUUCGAGAUAGCAAAACGUAAAUUCUGUUUCUCCUUAAACUCACCCACAUAAGCAGCCCACCCAACGUCAUUAAAAAAGACAGAAAAAUAUUAAAUUUUAUAAAAAAUAAAAGAAAUUAAAACUUCAUGGCACGUGUCGCGCACAGCGUCACUCGUCAAUCCUAAACCAGCUGCGAGGCAUCGAAGGCCCAAGUUUGGCGCCGCACGUGGUCUACAAGUGGCAACUCUCGGUCUCCGACCGGACUAGCCGGUCACCACCCCGCACAAAAAGACGAUCUUUACAAUCCGACGGACCAGGAAAGACAGAGAGAGGUCAGAGCUACUGGAGGUUGUAAUUUAAGAGCUCUCAGCCAGCCAUGUCACAUGUGCUUCUCUUCUUUACUAGCUCUAUGCUCUCAUCUCCCUAAAGAAAAAGCGGCAGCUUUCUAGUAUUGGAAGUUAAGGUUUUCGUUCUUGUUGGUUUCUGAGAUUCAACGAAAAGAGCUCUUCUUUUUGCGGUGGUUGGGCUUCAAGGGUUUGGACGUUCAUUUCUUGUUGUUGGCGUGUAAUUUAGCUAAAAGAUUGGAAUUAAUGGAGAGGGAUUUUUUGGGUUUGAGUUCAAAGAAUGGCAACCUGACUGUGAAAGAGGAGGCCAAUGAAGAAGCCAAGAAUUCAGCGCUACCAAGAAGUUCAGGGAUGCAGUGGUCAUUUUCAAACAAGGUUUCUGCACUUCCACAAUUCCUGUCUUUCAAGGCUCCCCAAGAAGGUGGGUCAAGAAAAACUGUUCAUGAUACAUCUGCAUUUAUGACUAUAUCAACUGCUGAUGCUUUUCACUUCAGCCAGAAGCCAUUCUCUGGUGUUAUCCAGAAAAAUUUCACUCUUGAUAAGCAAGCUGGAAACCAUUAUGCAAUGACAGUCUCUCCUGUGCAGCAGUUUGAUGCACAUUCAGUGCAUCACUCUCAAGACCAAAGGAUUCCGAUUGGUUUUAGUUCUACCACAAAACUGCAACCACUUGGAGGAGUUCCAGUUGUGGCCCCUGUAUCUCUUCUUCCUUCUAAAAGUUCCCUAGUUGGUACCGCUGAUCUCAGGAAUGGAUCCAAAUCUUCUGGGGCGCCUGCUCAAUUAACCAUCUUUUAUGCUGGUUCUGUGAAUGUUUAUGAUGAUAUAUCUCCUGAGAAGGCCCAGGCUAUUAUGUUGCUGGCUGGAAAUGGACCUUCUCCAACUCACUGUAAGGCACCUACCAUAGCUCAAGUGCCGGCACCCAUCCCUAGACCUUCCCCAGGCGAUGGUGUUUUCAGGAACCAGGCCCAUAUUACAUCUACAAUCUCUGGGCUUCCAAGCCAUCUUUCCGUGACUUCACAUGCUAGUUCUCACUCUGGAGGAGCAUUUAGCAGCACCAAUGAAUUAGCUAUAGUGAAACCUGUAGGAACUUCAGCAUCUCCUAUUGACCACUCAGAGGCUUCUAAAGUAGUCAGUUCAGUGGGAUCUGCCAUGACAAACCUGAUUCCAGCAGUACCAGUGCCUCAAGCACGCAAAGCAUCCUUGGCUAGAUUCUUUGAGAAGCGCAAGGAGAGGAUGAUGACCACAUUGCCAUACAAUGUCAGCAAAAAAUCUCCAGAGUGUAGCACACCUGGAUCUGAUGGUCUGAGUUUCUCUUUCAACUCUUCUGGUUCUUGCCCUCCUCAAGCUAUAAAUUAGCCCCUUACGACGGGUGGCUGUAGCCGAAGGGAAGAAAUAACAAAGUUUCCAACUGCGCUUCAGCGAUGUUGGCACUGAUCACUAUUUGACAAUUACUUCUUGUACUUGUUGUAAGAUAAAUUUUUGACCUGGAGAUUUAGAUAAAUAUGAUAGAUAGAUAUAUAUAAAUAUGGUUCAAGUGUUGUAAAAAUGAUUGUUUUUACAUCGGAAGCACAAUUCUGAUGAUCGUGUUUUUGUAUUGAUAUGUUGUACCAAUUGACAUUAAUGAAAGGGAACUCAAUAUCAUUUUGCUUAA